GAUGCACUAUUGUAAAGUGGCUGUUCCACUGGAUGUCAGAAGGUGAAUUCACCAAUUUGUAAGUCGCUCUGGAUAAGAGCGUCUGCUAAAUGACUUAAAUGUAAAUGUAAAUGUAAAUAAAGUUUGAUUCCAUUCAAACAAUUGUGUUACCUGCUUUUGUGUCUGUUUUCAGGUCCUGGCUAAGGUUCUCCAGUAAAUCACCCCAGUCCUUAAUGUCUCUGACAUGAGGUCUAAAGUGCUAUACUGCUUUGAUGAGGGGAACACAGGGUUUAACAGCUUGUCGGUAGCUGGUCUAGAGGCCUUCAUCAAGGAGCGGGAACUUGCGGUGAUGCAGAGGCUGAGAGGGAAGGCAGUCCAGGCCUCAGAGGAGACGUGGGAGGCCCACAGAAUAAUCUACCAGGUACAUCCAUUCAAGAUUCUGUUUAAGUUCAGUGACUGGUCCUGUCUAUGAAUGUGCAGUGCUUUGGAAGGUGAACAGCACAGAAGGUUAAGGUCCUCUAACUGGAGACGUGUUUCAGAUGUGGGCCAGACUUUGAUGGUGAGCCGUCUGGCUCCCUCUCGCUGACCAGACAGGUCUGAAACAUCCUGUUCCAGAUCUCUCCUGAACAUUUCAAGGGUGAAAGUGGUGGAGACGGCCCUAGCUGACUGGGCCCUAGCUGACUGGGCCCUAGCUGACUUGGCCCUAGCUGACUUGGCCCUAGCUGACUUGGCCCUAGACAUCAUGUGUCUGCUGAUGAAGGACCAGUGGAGCUGGCUGUGCACCGACAACAUCCCGGAAGACUAUCCGGCUGCUGUUUGGAACCCUCAUGGAACCCUCAUUGACAGAUCUGCUCUCAGAAGUGCUGGGCUCGGACAAAUACAAACUAAGCCAGCAGACUGCACUGGAAUCUCUGCAGAACCCUUACAUAAACAGACACUUGGUCUACUGUAUCUGGGACCUUUUCCUCAAGUUCCUCAUCCCUGAAACAUCUGAAAACUUUCAGAAAACCCUGCUGCAAAGUCUCUCCGAAAACGCAGAGAAACUACCACCAUGAAAGUUGUGGGAGCAAUACUGGUGUACACACACACACACACACACACACACACACACACACAAGUUUAAUCAACUGUCAGUGAAUAGCCCUCGAUGAAAGUCCAGCCUAAUGUAUCUGUAACGGCUUUCUUCCUGGGAAGGAGAGGACCAAAGCGCAGCGUGGUGAGUGUUCAUCUUAUUUAAUAAUAAAUACAAACUGAACACUUCAAAUACAAAAUAACAAAUGUGGCAAAACCGAAACAGUCCUAACUGGUGCAGAAAACACAAAGACAGGAAACAACCACCCACAAAUCCCAACACAAAACAGGCUACCUAAAUAUGGCUCCCAAUCAGAGACAACGACUAACACCUGCCUCUGAUUGAGAACCAUAUCAGGCCAAACACAGAAACAGACAAACUAGACAUCCAACAAAGAAUGCCCACUCAGAUCACACCCUGACCAAACAAAACAUAGAAACAUACAAAGCAAACUAUGGUCAGGGUGUGACAGUAUCUGGAUAAAUUCCAUUAUUCAUGUGUCCCCACCUUUAACUCUGACAUUUUGGACCCGAGGUCAUCCGGGUCUGUCUCUGAUUUAGUCCAUAACAUUUGUGGGUCUCAAACAUCGGCCACACAUCCGGAGCAGCUUUGAUUACCCAACACCUGUUUUCUGUUUGAUCAGAAUACGUGUCUGAUCUCCAAAAGCCCAAACACACGCACGUGUGGGAAAAGCUGCCUUCCCAAACUUCCCAAAUCCAUCCUUUUUCCUGCUUCCUAAAGCCUCCAGCUUUGGACCAAACUCAUUUCAGAUUUACUCCACACCAACAUGAUCCCUUGUGGUCUUUCUAUAUUCUAUUGGAGAAGUCCAAUUAGAUUGUUUCCCCACAUCAGGCUUACUGUGUCGUGCUUUGCCCUUUCGGGAUGACUUGCCUAUGUGUUCCCUGUUAUAUGCCGCUAUUCCUUUUGAUCCCUUGGCCCUACACCAAGCUGCACAUGUGCUGUGUUGCAUUCAUCCUCUACUCCCUUACUCCUGAGGCCUGGCUCGUACUGAUAUGGUCCACGGACAUGUUUCUGUUGAAAUGGUCACUCACACGUUUUGAACUUAUGAUGAAGGCCACUGCAUUUUAAAGCGCUUGAUAGCCACUUUUCCCAUGGAUCUGACAAGGUUGUUUUAAUUAAUAUACUCUACAAGUACAUGCAAUUUUCAGUGGUCUCUCUGCUACUUUUUAAAAUGAUGAUACAUUUUAUGAGUACCACCAACACAGUGAAUGGGAAAAUGGAUUUAAAGGGAACUCCCUCAACUGGUGAUUUGCUGAAUGUGCUGGAGGGCUGUGAUUGAUUAAUGGCCUAUAAUGUAAAUGUUGAUGUAUAGCGUUUAUAAUUUCUUUGAAAGUAGUAGAGAGCCCACUCUGGAAAUGUGAUGUUUUCAACGAGUAUAUUGUUCCAAACAAUAUGUUUAAAAAUGAGCUAAAUCAAAAAGGACACUUUUGAGAUAUUAAUGUGAAAAAAUGUAUUUCAGAUUAUAGCCAUAAUGAAUAUUUCAGAGGAGUAUAAUGACAUCAUGAUGUCUGUACCAUAUACCGUUUACGGAUCAUAGGGUCUUACAGGAGGCAUGUAUAGGUAGGUCUAAAAAGGGCCGAAAAUGGCCACUUUUCUCAAAAAGCUUGUUACACAUCCUUCCUCCAAAUUAAGUUUUUAUGCGAGAAUUGCCAGAACAAUCUGAGAUGCCCAAAAUAUUUUUGGGCCAUGCUAAUGUGUAAUCGCCUAUCUAUGUCUAACCUAUGUCUUUGAAACUGGCACAAAGACUUCUCAACAUUGCAUGAAACAAGAUGUUCACCGUGUUUAACAAUCCCCACUCUUACUGAUGCUUAUGAAUGCCUUUAAAUGUGUACGGUAGGGCUGAUGCCAGGUAAAGCUCAUGCAGGCAGCAUAGUAGCAUACAUCUCAUGUCAGAGGUCUAAUACGUCCAACACAAUCUGCUGCACUCAACUUUGUCUUAAAAUAAUAUACGCCAUUCUUUAUUUCUGUAUUCUUGUUAACGUGAUUGACUUAUUUGAUUGUGUCUAUAACUUAUUUGUUUGACUGUAAUAAUGCCUUCUGUGAAAAUGUAUAUUGAUCAAAAAUAAUGAGAGGGAUACCAGUAGUACAGAAGAGAAGGAUAUGAAUACCUGUAGGAAAUGCUUUUAAAUUGCCUUAAACGAUGGUUGGAAGAGGUCUCGUCUGUCUUUACUAUGGAGUCUGUGGACAUGCCUUUUGUAGAUCGUGUCAUAAAGUAGUAGCAAACCCCAGUGACAAGGCGUGUUCUAAUGUUGUGCUGAAUGUUGUGUACUGUGAUGUUUAUUCCCUCCUGAACACAUUCCUAGCUGUUACCUCUGUUCCUGUUGAAUCCUUUGUGAUGAACAUUAGGGUGAGCUUGCAUUCUGCAAGACCAUUGUCCUGUCCUCAAAUGUAUCACGUCACAUGAAAUGUUCAACACGUAACUCAUUUUAAAAAAUUCUGAGUGCUUUUCUCACAUGGAACACACUGCAAAUCUGGAAGUUUGUUACGUGGCUUUUGUUCCAAGUUGUUCGAGUACUGAAUUUUUGUUGUUGUGUCAAAUUAUAUUAUGUCCUCUGUAUGGUGCCAUUUAUAGACACAAUAAUAUGUUUGCCCUCACGAUAAAAAUAAGUUAUCAGUGAUUAACUAACUUACAGAAGAGGUAUUGUUUGUCAUUUGUUUGGUUUCUCGUCAGAAGGGUUCUGCUUGCAAUAUCUACUAGUCUCGCCGUUUCCCAGUAACUUCCCUUUUGUCAACACCAAAGCUCUUUCUCAACUGUAUUUUCUCGAUUCCUCUUGUCCUCUCUCCUUGCCUCCUCAAAGCACAUUGGAGGAGAAGGUCAGAGGGGAGGGAGCUAGGAAUCGAGAAAAUACCAUUUACCACGUGUCUGAUUUGACAUUACUAUCCCAAUUCAGUUUACACCAGUCAGACUUUGGGUGCCAUUUUACAUAUUAAUGCUUUGAAUGUGACUCUUUGUAACUCUGUCAGUGUGGUAUAACUGGAAUCACAGGGUUUUACAUUUGCUGGUGUCGAUAAUUUCCAAAACCUAUAAAAUUACCAAAAUUUGA